AUGCAGGCGCGGCUGCCAGAGGUGUUCGUGCCCUACGCGGAGCGCCUGUUCGUGCGGUUCCCGGAGGUGCUCGUGUCCCUCGGCUCCCCAGACCUGGAAGAGAAUUUCGACCUCCCGCCCGUGCCCGGGGCCUCCGUCCGCCUCGAGGAGACUGGAAGCUACAAGCUCUUGCAGAUCAGGCUGGUGCGCAGGAGUAGCGCGGCCGUAUCUGGCAGGAGGCAGCGGCCGCGAGCCGCCCUGGAGAGGAGGCAGGGCCGCGCGGAGAAGCCGGAGCCGAGCUUGAGCCCCUUCUCCAGGUCGCGCGUGCUCGCCGGCCGCCAAGACGGAGGGGCCGCCGCCGCGCGCGAGAGGCGGCUGGGCUCGGAGAUCGAGUGCUGCCCAGCGCCGCAGCCGCCGGCUGCGCCGCCGCCCGCGCCGCUGCCCGGGCCGCCGCCCGGGCCGGCCGAGUCGAAGGCCCGCGUGGUGGACGGCGCGGGCGGGCUCACCGUGUCGAAGGCGCUGGGCCGCGCGGCCCUGGGCCAGCAGCCCGGCCGCGGGGACAUGUUGGACCCCGGCAGCCCCCGCCUCGCGCGGAGCGGCAGCCACGGGCAGUGGUGCGGCUCGGCCAGCGCGCCCCAGGGAGAGCCGCCGGAGCGCCGCCGCCCCUCCGCCGGAUCGCUGCCAGGCCGCCCGGCAGAGGCGGAGGCGGAGCAGGCCGCGCGGCAGCCGCCGGAGGCCGUCCCGGAGGACUCCCCAGGGGAGCCGCCGCAGGCGCCGCCGGAGGGGCCGCCGCCGCGCGAGCCGCCCAGGGCCGCUGGGGAGCUGGGGGAGGACGGAGAGGGCGCCAAGCCGCUCGCCAAGGCUAGAGCUCGGGAGGCCCUCGCGUCGCAGGCCAGGACUGGCCGCCAGCGCCUGCUGUCGGCCGCCUCGGAGGUGCUGUCGCCCGUGCUGGAGCAGGACGACGGUGCCGGGCGCAGCGCGUGCAGCCAGCCCAGCGGCGUGUCGGACGACGCGCGCAGCGCGGAGCAGCCGCAGCAGCAGGGCGACAGCCAGGCCGAGCUGCUCUGGCUGCCCCACGGCGUGGUGUCUGGCAGGCAGUCGGCGGGCUCCGUGGCGACGCAAACCUGCCCGACGACCCCCUCCGACAACUCCUCGGAUGUAGGCGAGGUGCACGGACCCGGACAGCCGCGCGGGCGAGGGCUCGAUCUCUCCGAGGGUGCGCACCGCCUCACUCCGAAGAGCGACAAGAUGUUCCGUCGCCCCACGCUCGACUUCGCCCAGGACUGGCGGCGCCUCAGCUCCGACGCCCAGCGGCCGAGCGGCUCCGGCGGCAGGGCGGGCCCGCAAAUGAGAGCCCCAGCCGUUAUCGUGUGCAAACAGACCUGGGACAUACCCAAGCACCUGCUCCAGCCGCUGCCCGCGGCGUUCCCUCACGAGCGCGCCGUUAUCUUCAUGGAUUGGGACGACACCCUGUGCCCGACGAACGCCAUCCGGCAGGUCCUGAAGAGCCACAUGCUGGAGGAGUGGGACUGGGCGACCCCCAUCGACGGGUCCUUCGACUUCGACUGGAAGGACCAGGUGCCGCCGUGGUUCUCGCAGCGGAUCCCCGACGUCCCCGACCUGCAGGAGGCCAUCUCGCAGCUGCAGAGCGCCGUCGCCGAGACGAUCCGGGUCGCGCAGACCCUCGGGGUGGUCUGCAUCGUCACGAACGCGGUCGACGGGUGGGUCCCCAAGACGAUCCAGAAGUGGAUGCCCAUGGUCAAGCCCGUCGUCGUGGGCCACGGCGCUCAGCCCCCCAUCUGCGUGCUCUACGGGCAGAAGAUGUACAGGAAGCCGGCCCCGGGGUCGGCGGCCGAGGCGCUGGAGUGGGUGGACGGCCUGGGCGAGCUCACGUGGUGGAAGCGGGACGCCAUGCUGCACGCCCUCGAGUGCCUCGACGACCUGUACAGGGUCAACAGCACGCGAGCGGAGUCGCCGGCGAGCUGGGGCAGCCCGCCGGCCGCCGCCGCCGGCGGGCUCCCCGCGGCGCCCGCGAGCGCCGGCGGGCCGCCCACGGGCGCGGCGUCGUCGGGCCGCGGGCGCUCCAGGCCUCGGGCGCCCGCGCCCGCGGUGUCCUGGACCGCCGACGCCGCGGCCGGCCGCGUGGCGAGCAUCAUAUCCAUCGGCGACAGCGAAGCGGAGAUGCAGGCCGGGCUGCUGGCCAUGCACACGCUGGGGAGCCAGCUGGGCAGGAAGCCGCGGUCGCUCAGCGCGCCCUCGCGGGACGCCCAGGGCGAGGGGCACGAGCAGCGCGCGCCGUGGGUCAAGAACGUGAAGCUGAAGGAGAUGCCCUCCGUGAAGGACAUGGUCGACCAGCUCCGAGGCCUGGCGCGCCUGCUCCCCCAGAUCGUCGGCGCGAGGGCCCACCUGAGGCUGGAGCCCGAGGACCUGCGGCGCGCAGACCUGCCGCCGGACCUGCCGGGCGCCCUGCCGCCCUCGCUGCUGCGGGCCCUGCGCACCCAGACGGUGUAG